UUUGUCAUCAAGUUUCAGCUGCAACUCCCUCCAUGUUCAAAUUGGGGUUUGUCUCCGGUCCAUUUUUACUCUACUGAACUGUAACUAACAGAUGAUAAUGUGCGGGAAGAGAGGGGGUUGAAGCAGCAAGGGGGGUUACGCUAGAGGAGGAAAUGGGAGGACGAGGGAACCACCAACUGGUGCGGAGCGCACACUCAGAUCACCUGUUUCACAAAUGAGCCACACCUUAGAGGAAACUAAAAACAUGGCGUUGAGUCACCACCGAAACUCAGGUCAAAGACCGACGACCGGAAACUCAGGAACAAGCUCUCUUUACCUGCGUGUGUGAAGUUUCUUUAAAGAAAAACAAGGACCUUCCUGACAUGAAAAAGUAAUAAAAAUGAAAACAACGCCUGAAAAUCACCUCAUCUCCUCCUGUCAACACCAAGACAGCCAGUGCACUGGUUCAGAUGUCCAGGAGUAAAACAUGACUGCCACUAUCCCCCUCCUGGAAUGUUUCACAUCACUUCUGUGCAGGAAAGACACGCCUGCUCCUGCAUUUGCUCCUUCAAAGCCUGGGAUGAAGUUGUGAUGGUUAAAGAGAACACAUCCACCACUUUGGUCUGUAAUGGUGCCAGACUGCAAGGUGACAUAUCCAUUAACUGGAAGGUGAAGUCGGUGGCCGCGGAUGAAUGGAAACUGAUUCUCUCAGCCAGCGAGAAGAAGAAGUUUUCUGGAGGUGCCUCGAAAGCAUCCAUGCGAUUGACUGACGACAACUUUCAAGACACGGGAGAUUUCUCGCUGGAUAUUUUGCCUAAAGUGGAGGACGGAGGACUCUACUCGUGCCUUAUAAAGAAACAGCAGAGGAAAGUGAAGGAGAGGAUUUUCCUUUUAGCAGUCCUCAAAGUUGACUUCUUCCCCGCUGCACCUGUCCCUCAGUACAGCACCCUGCGGCUUUUCGCCCGAGUCAAUCCUAACAUUUCUGUCUCCAAAAUCACCUGGACAGCACCUGGCGGCCUUCCCAUGAAGACAGAGAAGUGGCCAACCUCAGGCACAGUGACAAAAGUGCCGCAGGUCCAGAACAACGAUGGUGGGACUUACACCUGUACUGUUUACCACUGGGGUGACUCCAACGGUGUGCUGGAAGCACAUGUGGACGUUAUAGUUGACGCCGACAAAGUGGCCUCAUUCACCAAUAUUUCACACAGCAGUGAGAUCUCCACUGCCACUCAGACUCACAAAUCCUUGCUCCUGGCUUGCCCCAGCUCCCAGGGCGACUAUGUCCUGCUCUACUGGCUUCCCCCAGAUGCCAAGAAGCACAGCAUGAUGAAGUUGGUAUAUCAGUACAAUCGCUGGAGUGGUUCCACUUCAAAGCACAGCAACAAACUUCAGCUAGCUGGUCCGCCCUAUGACCCAGAGGCUGGGAGUUUCGCCUUCCUACUCACACCUGAUUUAAAAGAAGGAGGCCUCUACGCCUGCGAAGUGUACCUCAAUGACGUUGUGUUCAGCCAGAGGACUAGACUCAGCGUACUUAAAGUUAAAACCAGCCAUUAUCCUUCAAAGCUGGAGCUGUUGUGCCUCUACUCGGAGCGCUCUGAGAUUCAGAGUGUUUUGUGGAAACAUGACAAUAAGAGUCGGCGGCUGCAGAUGUCAAGCAAUGGCCCUGGUACCAUCAGCACCACCCUGCCGCUGCCCAUCAGCUCUGAUGCAGCAGGGAAUUACACCUGCAUCCUGCAGAUGAAGAACGGCCAAAGCAUCUGGGCAGUUCAAGCUGUCACAGUGCCCCCAACAGAGAGUACCACCACCUCCUCCCUGCACCCAUCCUUCUCUGCUUUAUUACUCCUGGUGCCCGUGGUUGCAGCAGCUGUCGGCGUGUUGCUAUGGAGACAGAAACACAUUUCUGAUCGCGGUAUUGAGCAGUCACUGUCUGUCCAGUCUGGUGAAGUGGAAAACAUCUAUGAGAAUCCAGAGGAUAUAAGACAGGCUCCUCCCCAGGGUUCAGUCUACAUGGAUUUGAAGCCAAGAGGAGACAAUGAUGUCUAUAAGGAAUUGGAGCGAUACGAGCAGUGUCAGGGCUGAUCACCAACCCGCAUCUCAUCCCCAUCCAGCUGUCACAUCCUCUCUCUUCACAGCUGCAGCAAAAGGACUUUUAUAAACAGGAGUAACUACUCAAUGUCAGAGUUGGGGACUUAAAGAAAACUUUUGAGCUUUACAGAAAAGCUAUUUAGGUUUUUCUUUACAAGCUAUUGCCCAUUAGAAGUUAUAGAAGCUCACAAACCUCUCCAGAAUAGCUGGCUAUUAAUAUUACACUGUAAAAUAUAAGAUAUUGUUUCAAUUUUAAAAAAAGAUCUAGUCAAAAGGCAACCAAAAAGAGGAGUUUUAUUGGUUAUACUUACUAUACUUUAUGUUAUGUUUAUUAUAAAGACAAUGGAGCGUGCAAUGUGCAUCCGUGUGUUGGUUUGAUUUGAAUGAAGGUAGAAUGAAUCUGGAUGAUUGUCUUACUGACUGAAAUGAAACAAAUUUGAAAUGCUAUUCCAUCAGUGUUUCAUAAGACAGCUGCCAUAACUUAAUUAGAACAUAUUCGGAUGUUUGUGCUUGAACAUUUAAUGACUUUGAUGUUCGUUUUAAUUUUUUUGUGGUGUAAACAUUUAAUUUUUCCAUUGCCAAUUAUUGUUGUUUUAAGAUGCUGCCUGUUUUGCCAAGGGCACUCUCUUUUGAAAACAUUUUUAAAUUCAAACCAUUUUUUAUGUUGAUUAACACGAAACUGUUAAAAUGUAUUUAUAUACAAAAUAAAUUGGCUGUAUCUUCCUGCCAAACAAGUAGAGAUUGUUAAUUUUAAUGAGGCACAUAGAGCAGAUAUUUAUUUUGAUAUUUAGUAUGCAAAUUAAUCAAGAGACAACUCUGACCACUAGAUGGAAGUGAUUCCAAACUGAUCUUUGGUAUGUGUUGAAAAUGCUUUGCCAGGCAUUAGUUGUAUACACAUGCCACCUUGGCUAAAUUAAUAUACUGCCCAAAUGUAGCUAAUUUAAAUUUAUAUGCUGCAUUUUUUUUACUUAAUACAUUUUGAAUACUCUGCAGAUUAAACUGCUCGACGUAGCUGCUAAUCUGUAAAAGAGUUUGAGUCUAAUUUAAAGUGUGAGCUCAUUUUUGUUCAUCUAAAUGGAAUGGCCCCUGUAAUCCUUAGCAAAUAAAAAUAUACCACAAACUCA